AUGGCCGAUUCACUUGAAGAAAACUUUUUAAACGUUACAAAUAUGACCAGCAAUGAUGAUGAUGGAAAAGAAAGUGGUCCUCUGUUGGUUACUAACAUCAUCGCCAUCAUUAUUAACGGCAUCACUUGUCCUUUCACAGUUUUGCUUAACGUGUUGGUGAUAACGGCCGUGAAAAAAAGACCUCGACUCCAAACCAACAGCAACAUCUUGCUAGCCUGUUUAGCAGCGAGUGACGCUCUAAGUGGUCUCACGGUACAGCCAUCGUUUAUUCUUUGGAAAACAUUCCAGUUAAUGGCUGCUGGUAACAGCGACAGAUUUCAAAAUAUCCACACAAUGUUACUCACUGUAUUGGCAAUGUCAUCUGUGCUUCAUCUGACGUUCGUCACUUUUGAACGACUUUUUGCGAUUAAAUUUACAAUGCACUACGCGAGCGUCAUCAACGAGAGGAAUACUAAGACAACUGUGACUGUUAUUUGGACCUUAACCUUUAUUUGUGGGAUCAUUUUGCAGUUAAAUUUCAGAUUGGUCUUGGUUUUUGGGACAAUCUUGCUGAACGUAUGCUUUUCUUUUAUUGUUUGGGCUUACCUGGUCUUGUUCCUUGAAACACGACGCGUAAAGAAACAAAUAAAAACUCAACAGAUACGUCAAGAUCAAGUGAAAAAAAUCGUCAGCGAUAACAAGGCGCUAAAGACGACUGUGUUCUUACUUGGUGCCGUUAUAGUUUGUGUGUUGCCAGGCUGUGUCCAUGGUUUCCUACUCUUAAUUGUAGGUACCUUACGGCAAAUCAGUGCAAGUUUAAGUUCGCUGACUCGAACUUUCCUUAUGUUGAAUUCUCUUGUCAAUCCACUAAUCUACUGCUGGCGACAGAAAGAAAUGAGGAAGUUCUUAUUUGGUUCAAGGGCUCUGGUCGAACCAAACGUACAACACAUACCCUGA